GUCAUGUGGUGUCUGAGUGUGGUGAGUGUAGGUGUGUAUCACAAGGUGCAGACCAUUGUGUGUGUCAGUGUGUGUCUAUCUACAUGGAUGGAUGCCUCUUCCUUGCUCUGCCCCAAGACACACCCCAGCCCCUCCUUAGCCUGGGAAGAGGGGUUGGGGAGCCUCCCCCUACCCAGGGUCCUCCCCGGUCCCUCCCCGCCCUGCCCAGCCGUCACCACUCCCCAGAGGGCACAGGGCUCUGCUGUGCCUCAGAGCAAAAGCCCCAGAACAAGCAGAGCAGCCAACCGGCCACAACCUGCAAGCCACAGUGGCUGCUCUUUGCCUGCUGCGAGGUGGGGGAUCUUGGGCAGGAAGCUGGCUGAGUCCCAAGACCCUGGGGGCCAUGGGCGGGGAGCUGGUGCCUGGCCUGGGGGCCCUGCGACGGCGAAAGCGCUUGCUAGAGCAGGAGAAGUCGCUGGUGGGCUGGGCGCUGGCGCUGGCGGGAGUUGGCAUCGGACUCAUGGUGCUGCACGCAGAGAUGCUGUGGUUCGGGGGGUGCCCGUGGGCGCUCUACUUGUUCCUCGUUAAAUGCAUGAUCAGCACUUCCACCAUCUUGCUCCUUUGCCUUAUCACAGCCUUUCACGCCAAAGAGGUCCAGCUGUUCAUGACCGACAACGGGCUCCGGGACUGGCGCGUGGCGCUGACCCGGCGGCAGGCGGCACAGAUCUUGCUGGAGCUGGCGGUGUGCGGGCUGCACCCGGCACCAGGGCUGGGCCCACCGUGCGCGCAGGGUUCGGGGGCGACGCAGCCCUGGCCGAGCUUCCUGAGCCAGGGGGAGGCGCUGCUGUCCCUGGCCAUGCUGCUGCGCCUCUACCUGGUGCCCCGCGCCGUGCUCCUGCGCAGCGGCGUCCUGCUCAACGCAUCCUACCGCAGCAUAGGCGCUCUCAACCAGGUCCGCUUCCGCCACUGGUUCGUGGCCAAGCUGUACAUGAACACGCACCCUGGCCGCCUGCUGCUCUGCCUCACGCUUGGCCUCUGGCUCACCACGGCCUGGGUGCUGACCGUGGCCGAGAGGCAGGCUGUCAAUGCCACUGGACACCUUUCAGACACUCUGUGGCUGAUUCCCAUCACGUUCCUGACCAUCGGCUAUGGGGACGUGGUGCCGGGCACCAUGUGGGGCAAGAUUGUCUGCCUCUGCACUGGAGUCAUGGGGGUCUGCUGCACAGCCCUGCUGGUGGCUGUGGUAGCGCGGAAGCUGGAGUUUAACAAGGCAGAGAAGCACGUACACAACUUCAUGAUGGACAUCCAGUAUGCCAAAGAGAUGAAGGAGUCAGCUGCCCGAGUACUGCAGGAGGCCUGGAUGUUCUACAAACACACGCGCAGGAAGGACUCCGGAGCUGCCCGCAAGCAUCAGCGCAGGCUGCUGGCCGCAAUCAACACGUUCCGCCAGGUGCGUCUGAAACACCGAAAGCUGCGGGAACAAGUGAACUCCAUGGUGGACAUCUCCAAAAUGCACAUGAUCCUGUGUGACUUGCAGCUGGGUCUGAGCAGCUCACACCGGGCCCUGGAAAAGCGAAUUGACACAUUAGCAGGGAAGCUGGAUGCCCUGACUGAGCUGCUUAGCACUGCCCUGGGGCCUCGGCAGCUUCCAGAAUCCAGCCAGGAGACCACAUAGCUGGUGAGGGGGCUGGGACUUGAGUGGGAAGUGUGACCCUGGAAACAAGGCCACCCUUUCUCUUCAGCUCUGGCUCUGUCUGGAGGAAAGGGCUCUGAGUUCAGGGCUGAACUGGCAGUGAAGGAAGGAGACAUUCAUUCUGUCUCCACUUCACUGAACCUCAGUACCUUUCUCCCUCUUUCUCUGCUUGUUCUCUGCCUGUUUCUCUCUUCCUAUUCCUAGGCAUGUUCUCUAGCUCUGUCCAUCUAUGCCUCUCUCCCAAUGCCCAUCUGCACCCUGGUCUAUUGGUGCUGGGGUACGCCUACCCUCUUCCUCCCACCUCUGCCCACUGGUUUGUCUGCCUCAGUGUGUCCCCACUCUCACUCUCCCUCUGCUUUCUGGUCUGCCUGUCCAUCAACCUCUCUUUGUCUGUCCAGGAUCCAUGGAGGAAGAACCAGCCUGCUUUCCCCAGGACUGAGGUCAAGGACAUCCUCCCUGCCAAUCCUGACUCAGCCCUGAGAAUAAAAUACCUCAAGUGUAAGGACCAAAGGGGGCCACACAUCAGCAUGGCUUGACUCAUUGCUGGCUAAAGGGGGGAAGCCUUGGCCCAACUGAGACCCCAAAUGGGAACAUGGUCACCACCACCCCACAUACCCUCAUCAAAAACAUUUCCACUGUGCUGCUAUAGAUGACCUCCAGCUUUCAGUUAGAAGUGGAGGCACCUGGGGGUCAGGCUUCUGGGUCCCAGGGGAGGAAGGGACUUGGGGCCUGGAGUCUAGCUAGGAUCCUGAGAAGAUUCAGUUGCUGCUGGACAAGCUGAAGGCACCAGGACUGAGGCUGGGGCUAGGCAGGAAGCAGCGCCCCCUGGUGGGACAGCAAGGAGGACACGACUUUUCUAGAGCUGCAGAGACUAUCUGGUGGGGAGGAAGGAGGAAGAGUGUGCAGCUCACCAGUCUCUGCUCUUAUACUUUGUAAUAAACGAAGUGUUA